AUGCAUCGACUCUUCAUAACUCUUGUUCUUGCUUCAGGGUCUUAUGCCGCAUGCAUCUCGUCCGGGGAUCAAACCAAUAUCAACAACGCAUUUAGAUCCGGGGGCGCUGGCACAGUCGUCCAGCUCUGUGCUAAUGCGGUACUUUCAAUAACCGACUCCGUCAAGUUUACUGCUGCGAACCAGGAAAUUUCCACAGAAGGAUAUCCUACUGGCAGUACACGUGCUACCCUCCAAGUCGCCAAGGGAAGUAAUGUGUCUACUUUGAUAUCGGGGACUGGCUAUGACGGUGUCAAAGUUAGGAACAUUCAAGUUGAUGGGAACAGGCCAAAUGCCGGCUACCUGCACAAUGGAGGAGCGAACAUCGAGCUAGGGGGUACCAGCAAUGGUCAGGUAAUUGAUCAUGUCGCGUCCCGCAAUCCUCGUGGUUGGAGCUGCCUGCAUGUUACCGAGAGUGGUGACAGUGGCUGCCGGAAUGCUACUGUCACCAACAAUGAUAUUGGUCCAUGCGGUCAUUCUGGUACCAAUUCAGCUGGCCAAGGUCAGUGGGCCGAUGGGAUCUCAUUUGCUUGCACCGCCUCAGAGGUGUCUGACAAUACUAUUGUCUCUCCUACGGACGGUGGUAUUGUCAUCUUUGGGGCUCCUGGCACAACCGUCACUAGGAACACAAUCAUCUCAUCUGAAACUGAUCUGAGUUUUGGUGCUAUCAAUCUCGUGGAUCCCACCUAUAAUGGAAACUAUGCCAAUGUUAAAGUGACCGACAACACAAUUCAGGGCCGCAAGUUGUUUGGAUCCGGCAUUGCUAUCGGUGCUUGUACUUGGUCAGGCCCAUGCAGAAGCCCUUAUUUUUACAAGGGCCCUACAACCGUCACUGGCAACAAGUUUUCUGGCAACAUUGCAUUCGCGAUCCCCAUAAAUGGAUGGUCUGACGGCCUCAAGGUUACCGGAAAUGACAUCUCUGGAGUGAACAAGCCUGUGUCUUCGUACGCUACCGACAACCAAUGCACUGGUGCAGUCAAGACACUUUUUGAGAGCAGUGCUAUUUUGAAUUAUUACCCAAAUGGUAUCCAGGGUACGAAAGAUCUUCAGAGAGACUUCGUUUCCUCUUCUGGCAACGGAACAAACUUCAUCUGCGUAGAGCCAAAAUGA